UUUCUUUCCUCCAGGCUGCUUUCUGCUGUCCAUGCGUCCUUAGCCACUGCAGCCGGAGUCACGGUUGUUUCAUCUUGCAGAGACGUGAUGACCGACAGUCACUGGCUGGUGAACAGCUUCGUCCUGUUUGGAGCUCCCUACAUGCUGUUUGACAUCUAUGCCAUGUAUCUGAACCACCGCCACACCCAGGAGGGAUCCCAGACUCCCAGCAGAUGCUCUCUUCAUGCAGUCAGAGCUUUCCUCCUCAGGGAUUGGAUGCUGGUUUUGCAUCACCUGGUCCUGGUUUUUAUUUUCUUACCCAUCACAUUGUUUUUCAGGCGAGGACUUGGAGAUUUCUUCAUCGGCUGCCUGUUCCUCACCGAGCUCAGCACUCCGUUCAUCUGCAUAGGAAAGAUUCUCAUUCAGCUGCACCUCGACGACACCAAGCUGUAUAGGAUCAACGGCCUGGUCGCGCUCCUGACCUUCUUCACGUGUCGCAUCCUUCUCUUCCCCUUCAUGUACUGGAUGUACGGCCGCCAUGCGUCCGUUCCUCUGCACCGGGUGGCCUUCCACCUUCCUCUGCACUGUAACCUGGGGAACCUGCUGCUCCUCGCUCCACAGGUCUACUGGUUCGGUCUGCUGCUUAGGAAAGCUCAGCGACUCUACAGGAGGACCAGGAAAUCUGACUGACAACGUUGCUCUGGUUCAUUAUUAAUCAGACUAAUGGAUUAGUGAAAUAAUCAACUAAUUCAGUUAUUAAUCGUUAACUGGAGGAGAGACUCUAAAACACGUCUUUAGCAGACAGAGAAACUCAGAGCAGGAAUUAUAGGAAAACUAUAAAAAUAUACCAAUAUUUAGCAUUUAACCUAAACUUUUUUCUUCUGUUAAAAUGUUCUGUCCUGCGACGGAGCAUUAGGGACAGGAUCGAGGUUUUUAUUUUAAAUACA